UAUUCGCCACAAACACAAUAUCCAGAUACUUAAUCUAGAGCUAUCUAGGUAUCUAUACGCACUGCUAUUAAAUACUUAUUUAACAUUAUAAAUAUCGUCUUCACCUUCACCUUCGGCUCUAGUUCACCUAGCCUACUACCACAAUCAAAACUUACCCUCUUUAAACUUAACAUAUAAAACAUCAAAAUGCGAACCACAUUCCUCCCCACACUCUCCCUCCUCGGCCUCGCCGCCGCCGCCGCCGCCCCGGCUCCUGCUCCCCUAACAACCCGCGACGCCCCCACACCACCUCCGAAGAUCGUCUCCGUAUCGUAUUCCGGCAGCGGCUGUCCCUCCUCAUCACCCGCAGUCGACCGCACCGGCGGCUUCGAGGACAUCGCGCUACGCCUAAACUCUUUCGAGGCGCGUACCAGCACCAUCGCCGACUCCUCCGUAAACUGCCAAGCCCAUCUAUCCAUCGCGGGUACAGCAGCUGGAUGGCAAGUCGGUGUUAAGGAUGUUUACGUCAACGGUCAUUUAGUCCUAGACCCGGGCGCGAGUCUAGAUUACUACGUUACGAGUUUCUGGAGCGAGGAUGCUGAUCGAACCGUCACGAUCAAAGGCUCCCUCGCCAACAGCGGCACCGCGCGUCUAAACCAAGACGUCACGGCGCACAGCACAGUUCCCGACAACCAAGUCGUAUGGUCGGCAUGCACGGGCGCUAAGGGCAACGUCGGGUUGUUAAACGUCAAUUUCCGCGUCGCGCUCCAGGCCGAUGGCGCGCAGUACGGAUACUUUGGCAAGGACCCCGAUACCACGGCUUCGGAGAGCUGGAGUUAUGUCUGGAGACGGUGCUAGAUUAUUCAUUUAUUUUUAUUUCAUUUGUUCUCCGUUUGAUUAAGUUGGUUGGGAUGAGAGGGGCGACAGUACCGUUCUUGCAUGGUGGUUAUUUUGGGUUGAAAAAACUUCGACUUUACUUUCCAUUUGUUAGGGGGCAUGGGAUGGGUUUAUUUACUUUAGGGUAGGGUUAGUAAAAGGGUUGAGGGAAUAUACUAAGUUUUAUUGAA